AUGCCAGCCAGUGCCAGCCAGUGCCAGCCAGUGCCAGCCAGUGCCAGCCAGUGUUCUGACUCCGGAACCUGGCAAAUGGCCGCCUUGGCCGCUGGGAAAACGGCCGCACUGGUUGAAUUCUCCGGCCUCGCGGCCAGCUCUGGACAGCGCCUUUUGCAUAACGUGGACCAUGUCAGACACCGUGUCAGACGCCAUGUCGACGACCCUGUCGAACUCUGCAAGAGAAGCUCUGAAGACCUUGACGCCCGCCAGAUAGAUGUGCUGCUAUCGGCGGGGAUCGCCAAGCGGUCCUCAACACCACGCAUGUCGUCUCCCACCAUCGCCAGCCUCAACCUCGCCGCGCGCUGUGUCUCGGAUGCCUCGUCUCACUGCCCGUGGCCUCAGCACGAUUCACAGAUCAGGCACGCGAACAGAGAAACAUUGGACCGCUCGGGCCUUCCUGCAGUCGGACUUUGCGCACUGUCGCCAUCGUGGCCAGCACCGCUCUCUUCCCGUCGGUUUCAAGAGGCACCUUCUCGGCCGCGCGAACCCGCGAAGCUGGCCUCUCCCGCUGCCCGGGACCCCAGUUCUUUUCCCAAUUCAUCUGCCGCGCUGAUCUCCACCAGAUUGAGUGGCGGACGGAAGUGCAAGGCUGAGAAAUCCAUCACACCAAUUGCUCCGCCCGGCGAAUCAAAGCCCUGA